AUGGAGAGCAGUUUGUCAAUUUCCAAUAUGCAAGACCCUUCACCUUCACCCUUGGAAAAGCAUCACAGCUCAGCCAAUGGCAAUGGUGAUCUUGAUUCAGAAGAAGGUUCAAGUGUGGAGGAAAUCGGCUUCAAUUGGGGAGACUAUUUGGAAGAAACAGGUGCAAGUGCAGCUCCUCACACAUCUUUCAAACAUGUUGAAAUCAGCAUUCAGAGCAACUUCCAGCCAGGAAUGAAAUUGGAAGUUGCCAAUAAGAACAACCCAGACACAUACUGGGUGGCUACCAUCAUCACAACCUGCGGGCAGUUGCUGCUUCUGCGCUACUGUGGUUACGGGGAGGAUCGCCGAGCCGACUUCUGGUGUGAUGUGGUGAUAGCAGAUCUCCACCCGGUGGGGUGGUGUACACAGAACAACAAAGUGUUGAUGCCGCCAGACGCAAUCAAAGAGAAGUACACAGACUGGACAGAAUUUCUCAUACGUGAUUUGACUGGUUCACGGACAGCACCCGCCAACUUACUGGAAGGUCCUCUGCGAGGGAAAGGCCCUAUAGACCUCAUUACAGUUGAUUCCUUAAUAGAACUUCAGGAUUCUCAGAACCCUUUUCAGUACUGGAUAGUUAGUGUGAUUGAAAAUGUUGGAGGAAGAUUACGCCUUCGCUAUGUGGGAUUGGAGGACACUGAAUCCUAUGACCAGUGGUUGUUUUACUUGGAUUACAGACUUCGACCAGUUGGUUGGUGUCAAGAGAAUAAAUACAGAAUGGACCCACCUUCCGAAAUCUAUCCUUUGAAGAUGGCAUCUGAAUGGAAAUGUGCUCUGGAAAAAUCCCUUAUUGAUGCUGCAAAGUUUCCUCUUCCAAUGGAAGUGUUCAAGGAUCAUGCAGAUUUGCGAAGCCAUUUCUUCACAGUUGGUAUGAAGCUAGAAACAGUGAAUAUGAGGGAGCCCUUUCAUAUCUGUCCUGCAUCAGUGACUAAGGUUUUUAACAAUCAUUUUUUUCAAGUGACUAUUGAUGAUCUGAGACCAGAACCUAGUAAAAUCUCAAUGCUGUGCCAUGUGGAUUCUUUGGGGAUUUUGCCAGUACAAUGGUGCCUUAAAAAUGGAGUCAAUCUCAUACCUCCCAAAGGUUACUCGGGCCAGGACUUUGACUGGGCAGAUUAUCACAAGCAGGAUGGGGCAGAAGCAGCACCUCCUUUCUGCUUCAGAAAUACAUCGUUCAGUCGGGGUUUCACAAAAAAUAUGAAACUGGAAGCUGUAAACCCCAGGAACCCAGGAGAACUCUGUGUGGCCUCAGUGGUCAGUGUGAAGGGGAGGCUAAUGUGGCUUCACCUGGAAGGUUUGCAGACUCCUAUUCCAGAGUUCAUUGUUGAUGUUGAGUCUAUGGAUAUCUUCCCUGUGGGCUGGUGUGAAGCAAAUUCUUAUCCCUUGACUACACCACACAAAACAGUUUCACAAAAGAAGAGAAAGAUUGCAGUUGUACAGCCAGAAAAGCAAUUGCCGUCCACAGUGCCUGUUGAGAAAAUACCUCAUGACCUUUGUUCAUUCCCUCACCCGGACACUACAGGUACUGUCAAUGGGAAAUACUGCUGUCCUCAGCUUUUCAUCAACCACAGGUGUUUCUCAGGCCCUUACCUAAACAAAGGAAGGAUUGCAGAGCUACCUCAGUCAGUGGGACCCGGCAAAUGUGUGCUGGUUCUUAAAGAGGUUCUUAGCAUGAUAAUCAAUGCCGCUUACAAGCCUGGAAGGGUGUUAAGAGAAUUACAACUGGUGGAAGAUCCACACUGGAACUUUCAGGAGGAGACACUGAAGGCAAAGUAUAGAGGCAAAACAUACAGAGCAGUGGUCAAGAUUGUGCGAACAUCUGACCAAGUAGCAGAUUUCUGCAGAAGAGUUUGUGCUAAGCUAGAAUGCUGUCCAAAUUUGUUUAGUCCUGUGUUGGUGUCUGAAAACUGCCCAGAGAACUGCUCCAUUCAUACUAAAACCAAAUACACCUAUUAUUAUGGAAAGAGAAAGAAGAUCAUUAAGCCCCCAAUUGGUGAAAACAGCAUUGAAAGCGGGCACCCUAAACCAGCCAGACGUAGGAAACGUCGAAAAUCCAUUUUUGUGCAGAAGAAACGGAGGUCUUCUACUGUGGACUUCACGACAGGGUCAGGGGAGGAAAGUGAAGAAGAGGACCCAGAUGUUAUGGAGGAUGACACAGGGAGUGAGGAAACAGGCUCAGAGCUCCGGGAUGACCAGACAGACACCUCCUCCGUGGAAGUUCCCUCUGCCCGGCCCCGCAGGGCAGUCACCCUGAGGAGCAACUCAGAGCCAGAGAGACGCCCUCCUGUGGAAAGAACACGGAGGGGCAGAAAAGCACAACCCCCCUCCCAUGUAGAGGAAGAUAAGUGCAUACCAGCCAAACAAGAAGGAGCAGAGGAAAUAAAACAAGAAGAGGAGGAGAGACUUGUCCUGGAGAGCAACCCAUUAGAAUGGACGGUGACUGAUGUGGUCAGGUUUAUUAAACUGACAGACUGCGCCCCGUUGGCCAAAAUAUUUCAGGAACAGGACAUUGAUGGUCAGGCACUCCUAUUGCUGACUCUUCCUACCGUUCAGGAGUGCAUGGAGCUGAAGUUGGGACCUGCCAUCAAGUUGUGCCAUCAGAUCGAGAGAGUGAAAGUGGCUUUCUACGCCCAGUAUGCCAACUGA